CUGUGCUAUAUAACUUCUAAAUAUAUGCAAAUAUAUGGAUAUUCGGACACUACUAUGAUAAUGUUUAAAAAGUAAGGUCUCUGAAGACCAAAGACAUUUGACAAUAAGCUAGAGAUUUUUUUAAUUAUGUCAUUUAAUGGCACAUGUAUGGCAUAGUAAGCUAAAAGGCUGUGGUUGACGAAAUGAUUUGAUUAUUAGCUUUCGUAUAGCGUUAUAUUUCUUAAAUGGUGUCCCUUCAGAGGGCAAGAACAAGAUGUACAGUGCAUUCGGAAAGUAUUCAUACCCCUUCCCUUUUUCCACAUUUUGUUACGUUACAGCCUAAUUCUAAAAUUGAUUAAAUACAUAUUUUUCCUCAUCAAUCUACACACAAUACCCCACAAUGACAAAGCGAAAACAGUUUGACAUUUUUGCAAAUGUAUAAAAACUAAAAACAGAAAUACCUUAUUUACAUAAGUAUUCAGACGCUUUGCUAUGAGAAUCAACAUAUCAAUUGAUUGGACCUGAUUUGGAAAGGCACACACCUGUCUUACAUAAGAUCCCACAGUUGACAGUGCAUGUCAGAGAAAAGACCAACCAAUGAGGUCGAAGGAAUUGUCCAUAGAGCUCCGAGACAGGAUUGUGUCGAGCCACAAAUCUGGUGACGGGUACCAAAAAAUGUCUGCAUCAUUGAAGGUCCCCAGUGGCCUCCAUCAAACUUAAAUGGAAGAAGUUUGGAACCACCAAGACUCUUCCUAGAGCUGUCCGCCUGGCCAAACUGAGCAAUCGGGAGAGAAGGAUCUUGGUCAGGGAGGUGACCAAGAUUCCAAUGGUUACUCUGACAGAGCUCCAGAGUUCCUCUGUGAAGAUGAGAGAACCUUCCAGAAGGACAACCAUCUCUGCAGCACUCCACCAUUCAAGCCUUUAUGGUAGAGUGGCCAGACGGAAGCCACUCCUCAGUAAAAAAGGCACAUGACAGCACGCUUGGAGUUUGCCAAAAGGUACCUAAAGGACUCUCAGACCUUGAGAAACAAAAUUCUCUAGUCUGAUGAAACCAAGAUUGAACUUUUUGGCCUGAAUGCCAAGAGCCACAUCUGGAGGAAACCUGGCACUAUCCCUACACUGAACUUUGGUGGUGGCAGCAUCCUGUUGUGGGGAUGUUUUUCAGAGGCAGGGACUGGGAAACUAGUCAGGAUCGAGGGAAAUAUAAACAGAACAAAGUACAGAGAGAUCCUUGAUGAAAACCUUCUCCAGAGUGCUCAUGACCUCAUAUUGGGGCGAAGGUUCACUUUCCAACAGCACAAUGACCCUAAUCAAACAGCCAAGACAAUGCAGGAGUGGCCACAGGAAAAGUCUCUGAAUGUCCUUGAGUGGUCCAGCCAGAGCCCGGACCUGAACCGGAUCGAACAUCUCUGGAGAGACCUGAAAAUAACUUUGCAGCGAAGCUCCGCAUCCAACCUGACAGAGCUUGAGAGGAUCUGCAGAGAAGAAUGGGAGAAACUCCCCAAAUACAGGUGUGCCAAGCUUGUAGCGUCAUACCCAAGAAGACUCGAGGCUGUAAUCGCUGCCAAAGGUGCUUCAACAAAGUACUGAGUAAAGGGUCUGAAUACUUAUGUAAAUGUGAUAUUUCCAUUUAUUUAUUUUUUAAUACAUUUUGCAAAGAUUUCUAAAAACCUGUUUUUGCUUUGUCAUUAUGGGGUAAUGUGUGUAGACUGAUAAGGGGGAAAAAACGACAAUCUAUUUCAGAAUAAGGCGGUAACGUAACAAAAUGUGGAGAAAGUCAACGGGUCUGAAUGCUUUCCGAAUGCCCUGUUGCUAUUCUCUGCUUCAGAUGUACAGCUGACCAUAAGGAAAGCCGUGCCAUCAUACUGUAAUCCUGUGGCUGCAUUGGUGAUGCAUGCCGUGUGAUAAGCUGCCAAAUGGAUUCAGAUCGCUGAUAUACUGAGACAGAGUGACAAUCAAAUAAAACAGACUGGAGAUUUUACAGCUAGACACGAAGGAAAUGUUCAUUUGAGAAAACAACACAGACACAUCACAGACACAUUACAGACAGAACCCCUUCCCCUCUUUAUUGCAGGACUGUAAUAUGUGACUAAUCAACAUUAGUUCAUUAGACACUUGUUCAUUUUGAAUAAUGGUGUAACAAUUAAAACAAGUUUAAACACUUCACUUCAAAGAAUCAACACUUUAUCACUUCAAAAUGUACAAAUACGCAGUGGCCAUUUUAGCAUGGAAAUCUUGGUGGGGCAAACUCAACCAAUUGUUUUUUUAUGCACGCCAGCAAAGCCACUACACAACACAACACUAAACAAUACAUUAAUUGCACUAUAACGGUGACAAACAGUGCCCAUAAACUGUUAGGGCCUACAUAAAGCUGUCCCAACAGCAGAGCUUUCCCUUCAGCAACAUGGAGUGAAACCUUACCACUGCUACACCUGAUGUGGCUGACUUGCUUGAAUGAAGAAAGUUUAUAUUGACUCCUUGUGGACUUGUGUAAGUCGAUAAGAACUGCAUUCUCCAAUAAUCAUGAACCAUACACAAACAUUAUUACAUUUAUGUUCAGUAAAUUCCUUAUGUUUGUUAAUUUCUCAUUAACACUUAGCUCCAAGUAUAAGCAAGUGCAAGCAAACGAGCUGCGGCAAGAAACUACAGAGACCAAAACCCAAGAAUUAAAGAAAUGCCCAGAUCCCUCUCCACUUCUAGUUGGGCCUCUCAGGGUUGAGUUCUCUACGCCUGUCAGCUUGGAUACAGUGAGCAAGGAGAACCCAGGCCUGCAGGAAGGAGGUCGCUACAAACCACACGACUGUGUCGCCCUCCAAAAAGUUGCUCUCAUCAUCCCCUUCCGCCUUCGUGACGAGCACCUCAAGUUCUGGCUCUACUACCUCCAUCCCAUCCUUCAGCGCCAACAGCUGGACUAUGGCGUCUAUGUUAUUAAUCAGGAUGGAGACAACACGUUCAACAGGGCCAAGCUGAUGAACAUUGGCUAUGCUGAGGCCCUGAAGGAGUAUGACUACGACUGUUUUGUGUUCAGUGACGUGGACAUCAUCCCCAUGGAUGACCGCAACACCUACAAAUGCUUCAGCCAGCCCAGACACCUGUCUGUCUCCAUGGACAAGUAUGGCUUCAAGUUGCCCUAUUAUCAGUACUUUGGCGGUGUCUCAUCGUUGAGUAAAGAGCAGAUCAUGAAAAUCAACGGCUUUCCCAACAACUACUGGGGCUGGGGUGGUGAAGAUGACGACAUUUUCAACAGGGUGAAUAACAGAAAAAUGUAUAUCUCUCGUCCGGACGGCGUAGUCGGAAAAUGCCGGAUGAUCCGUCACGAGAGAGACAAAAAUAACAACGACAAUCCUCAGAGGUUCAAGAGAAUAGCUCACACGUUAAAUACGAUGGAUACCGAUGGCCUCAACUCUCUCGAGUACGAAGUUGUUGCAGUUGAAAAGCAUGACCUGUUCACAAAGAUUACAGUAGACGUGGGGAUGCCACCCGAAGAUUAAGAAGACAUGGACAAAGGAUGAAUGAGGAAGAGACGGACAAGCAGGGCCCUGCGUGCCCGUUUGUAAAUCUGGCUCUGUGAAGAAGGCAGGAACCAUCUGGAAUGAGGUCAAGAAAACUGCCCAGAACAGUACGAGAGAUGCUUGGUAAGAGGGCAGCGCACAAUCUAUUUGUUGCAUUAACCAAUAACCUAUUACAGAGGCUGCAGCGGUUAUGAUGCAAACAUGACUAAGCAUGAAUCUUUGAGGAGGUGUCAUGAUAUCCACCUACUAAUUGGCACUUUUGUCCCUCGAGCGGCCCAAUUGGCAGAGCAUUGUGUAGUGCUGCCUUCAACUGCUUUCGCCGUAACUCGGAGAAACAAGGUCACAACUCUGAAAUAACCCCCCUCCAAGUUCCAAUUACAAAUGAGAAAGUCUGAGAUGAUUUUGAUACCCAAGUUGCGACGUUUCAUCUCUGACCUUUCACCUUUUCAAGGAGCAAACUUUAGGUUUACAAAUACUGUAUUUUUGCCCUACACUAGUGUACAUUCUGUGUGUAAAUCUGAACUUUACUUUAGUCUUUUGUAGAUAUUGGGCUAUUAUAGUGUGGCUACUGUGUGAGCCAUGGGAAACUCCAACACAAUGUUCAACUGUUCAAAAUAAAAUGACAGAGACCUCUUCUUUAUUUGCCAAUUGCUUUAUUAUCUGGUCAUGAUGAUGUCAUUUGUUUGGUGAUGUCAGAUCCCACUAGCAGCUCUCCUCCUUCAUGACUAAGAUGUCCGUUCUGGUUUCCCUGUAGAGAAAGGAAUGUUCAUGCCAUGAUUUAUUUAUUAUGUCGUUGGGUAUGAAUUAUGUUCAAUAUGGUUGUAUUACACAUUCAAAUGGAAUUCAAUGAAACCUGCUCUCAUGGAGUCUUAAUUUGAUCACUCUUUUGUUGCUGAGAAUUUUCUUGCACAGCAGAAAAUGCAAACGUGUAUAGUAUUUGAGUUUUAAAUAAGGCUUCUAAAGUUUGUCAUUUCAAUUUAGAAAUUGCAGACUUGAUUUGCCCUAACGAAAAAUGUGCUAACCCAUACAAAAACAUCCAUUCAUUAUAAUCCACAUAAUAAUUCACAUUUCCUGUUUGCUGCAGGAUUUUUUUUCUCCUGCUGUAGCAAACUGGCUCAAAUUAAGAUCCUACAUCCGUAGUAUCUGUGUGUCAUUAUCUAGGUUUCCAUCCAAUUGGAGACAGAUUCUAAAUAUUCUAAAGUCCACAAAAAGAAAACAAGCACAUUUUCCUACCAGUGGUGUGUUUCCACCAAACGGACCCUUUUCAGAUCAAAUUCAGCGCUUGAUGACGUAGCGCACACAAAAUGUACAUUUUCGCUUAAGUUUUCAUGUACCGAAUAAAGAUCUAAAGUUCAA